CGUCCAAACCCGGACUUCUUAUCCUUUGAUAUAUGAAGGUAUUUCUUCCAUCAAGUCUAUCCACAACUGAGGCUCCAGCUGACGACAGAAUGGUGGUUCUUCAUUUCACUCCGAUUCCUCAACCGUGUUUUCGUCAACUACCAUCGUCCCGAUUAACUUCUGCUGUUACUUCCAAUUCUUUUUCCAGGAAGUCAGUUCACCUACAAGCAGAAGUUUUCAGUGGCCUAAAGAUUCAAAGGUUGAAACAAAGAGAUGUGAUGAUUAUGAAGGCGACCUCAGAGAUCGAUGGCGCAGAACCAGAGAGCACCACACCUCCCAAAACCAAGGAUGAAAGCUUGUCCAUUGAAGAGCUUCCAUUGGAGUCGAAACUUCAACUGAAACUAGAUCAGAAACUGAAGAUGAAGUUGGCUAAGAAGGUCAGACUCCGAAGAAAGAGGCUUGUUAGGAAACGCCAGUUGAGGAAGAAAGGCCGAUGGCCGCCUUCAAAGAUGAAAAAGAACAAGAAUGUAUGAUCCGGUUUCAAAUUUAUGUUGUUCUCCUUUGCCUGAUUUCCUUAUUCGGUUUUUGUUUCUUUCAUUCUCCUGAAUAGAUGGAUCAUCAUUGACUAGUAUAAUGUUUGGUUUUGCCAUCCUACUUCU